GAGAAGCCCGUCAUCCCUUUCUCUCUCUCUCUGUUUUUUUUUUUUUCAAAAUCUUGAAGAAAGGGAAAGAAAGAGAAGGAACAGAUCAGAUGAGGAUACUCUUUCUCCUUUGUUGAAGGGUAACAAAAACAGCCAAAAGAAUCCCCAUUUGUCGAUCGAGCGGUUGGAAUCGUUUUGAUUCGGUUGGGAAGCUCGGCCGAUGGGGGAUUUCAACCUCGCUCUUGUGAUCGUCGCAGCAGUGGUCUGUGUUCUGGUGUUCAUCGUCAAUUUGUACCUUCUUGUCAACUAUCAGCAUCCUGACGAUGUGAACCAGGCGUAUUUUCCAAAGUUCGUAGUUGUUCUUGGCCUCUCGGUUGCUGCCAUCUCCAUCUUGAUGCUUCCUGCGGAUGUCGCAAACCGUCAGGCCUGUCAACACGCGAUCUACAAUGGCGCUUGUAAUCUCACCUUGCCAAUGAAAGAACUCUGGCUCAUUGUCUACAUCGUUGACGCAGUUCUUGUCUUCUUCGUAAUCCCUUUCGCGAUGUUCUACUACGAAGGCGACGAGGACAAGAGCAUAGGGAAACGGGCAAAAAGCGCAUUAAUGUGGGUUGUGACGACAGCCAUUGUUUGCGGCCUAAUGCUUGGCAUUUUAUAUGGUGUGGUUGGAAAAGUAGACUUUACUGUGAGGCACCUAUCUUCAUCCACAAUGAGCUUUCCAAGCACUUGGGAUUUUUCAAGUGGUCAGCCAUGUAUUGGAAGUGGCAUUCAUGAGUGCUCUGCAUAUUCAGCAAGUGCUUCAUCAGAGAAAACUUGGACUAUGCGUACUACCUUUCCAGAAUAUGUUGUUGCUCUUGCUACCAUUGUUGGAUCAGUGCUUUUCUCUAUGUUUGGGGGUGUUGGUAUUGCAUGUCUGCCUUUAGGACUCAUAUUUUCAUUCAUUCGGCGCCCCAAGGCUGUCAUUACUCGCUCUCAGUAUAUCAAGGAGGCAACUGAACUUGGCAAGAAAGCAAGGGAAUUGAAGAAAGCUGCUGAUGCACUUCAUCGUGAAGAGAGAAGUGGUUCUAAGGGAAGAAAAUGGCGUAAAAAUGUGAAGGCUGUUGAAAAGGAAUUGCUUCUUUUGGAAGAAGAUGUUAAGGCUUUAGAGGAGAUGUAUCCUCAAGGAGAGCAGGCCGAGACUGCUUGGGCUUUAACUGUUCUUGGCUACUUGGCAAAACUUGUAUUGGGAGUUAUAGGAUUAAUUGUGUCAAUUGCUUGGGUGGUACACAUUGUGAUAUAUCUAUUGGUUGAUCCUCCCCUUUCUCCUUUUCUGAAUGAGGUUUUCAUCAAACUGGAUGGUAUCUGGGGCUUAUUGGGUACUGCAGCAUUUGCUUUCUUCUGCUUCUACCUUCUUCUUGCAGUAAUUGCAGGGGCCAUGAUGCUUGGUUUAAGAUUAGUUUUCAUAACCAUUCACCCAAUGAAGUGGGGAGCAACCCUCAUGAACUCGUUUCUUUUCAAUGUGGGACUCAUCCUCCUUUGCUCCAUAAGCGUCAUUCAAUUCUGUGCCACAGCAUUUGGAUACUAUGCGCAAGCAACUGCCGCUCAGGAAAUAUUUGGGCAUACAUUGCAAUCUCUUCGUGGAAUUAAAUAUCUGUACAAAUAUAAUGUAUUUCAAAUUGCAUUUAUAGCUUUGGCAGGUCUCACAUUUGUAUAUUAUGCGGCAUUUGGAUGGCAAAGGAGGAAACCAAGUGGCAGGUUCCAGCUUUCCAGUUGAAAUGAUGUGCUAUUUGGAAGAUCAUGGAACUGGGGAACCUCAGAAUUCAGAAAGACUUAUCUUUCAUCUUAGAGUGAUUUUCAGAUUUGGGUGUGAAUGGCCUGAUUUUGUUUCCGUAAGUUGAUGUCAAGAGGCCAUCUCAUCCGAGUGUAAAUUGGUUGCUGCAGUUCAAGUAGUGUGGUGAGUCCUGCUGCUGCCACUCUUCUUGGCGGCAUUUAUGGUAUUUCUUUAUACUAUUUGUUUCCAUUUCUUUUUUCCUUUACCCUUAUUUCUAUGUAUUAUUUUCAUCGUUGAUUUAUUUUAUAAGUUGAUACGUGCCUGUUAUGGCAAUAACUUUCUGAGGGAUGUGACCAGUGACCACUGUUCUAACCUAGAUCUGUCAAGAAAAAUAUCUCUUUUGGUAUGUGCAGUCAA